GCUGACACCAGCUGGAAGCCUAUCGUGAGCGGUGACGCGCCGUCGUACGUGGGAGUCGGCCAGCUCGAUGUCACGGUGAAAAAAGACGAGAUCUACCUGGGACAGGCCCUGAAGGGCGGCGACUUGGACUGGGAGCUAUUUGCUGACAGCUGGGAAUCCAACUUCGAUCUGACCGUCAGGUUGCAACAAGAUUUACUUUUUGCUUCCCGGGACCGAUUGAAGUUUAUUUUCUGUUUGUCGCCGGUGCAGAUUACCAACUUGGGCUCUUCGAUUUUGCAACCCGCGGAGGACGGAAGCGGUUGUCCGCUUCGGGAGCAGACUCUGCAGCGCAUCAAACAGGACGCUUUAAGCCUUUGCUGCUUGUUUGAGGGGAAUGCCUCUGCAGAUGAGCGACAGGAGGAGGCGCGAAAGCCGGUGCAGUCUGCACCGAAGAAUGACGUGAAUGACGGUGCUCUCAUCAACACCGAGAGCAGCACCGGCAUUGGCGGUCUCGUCAGCCAUCCCGAGGCGCGGAAGCGUUGGUGCGCAGUGAAAUGGUUGCUAUGGAGCGUGUUGCCGGGAAACUGUGAUGCUUUUCGUUUGACUUUUGAAGAGUUGGAGCUGUUGAUUCGAUGCCACGUCAAGCUGUGCCCCCGGAAUCGCCCUGACAUUCUGCAGAAAUUGGUCGAAAUGCUAAUCGGCUUUGAUCUCCCCCGGAACGUACUGCUCGCGCAAACGGACGUACGGGACUACCUGCUCAAGGCAAAGUUCAAAU